GCAGACCACAGCAUCAAAUAUAUCAGCCUCGGUGGCACCCACAACAACUAUUACAGUAUCCAACAGCAGCAUUAAUAAUGCAAACAGCUCUAACUGCUACUUUCCCCCGACCACCAUGACCUCCUUGCAUCCGAAGACGGAAGCCCCACGCACAGAGUCGACUCUCGAGCCCUCCUCAACUCCACAAGCUUGUCCUGCAAGCGGUGAGCCAACCAAGAAAUCAACAUGCGUCCUUUAUACUAUUUGUCGAGAUAUACCUUGGAAAGACGAGUACAAGGAUAAAGCAUCAAAGGAUUAUGAAGAAUUAAAAAAUUAUAUAUCCAAGCUCAUUUGUGACUUUUUCAAGCGCUUUGCAUGUAAGGUGGAGAUACUGGAAGUCAGUUUCUGUAAAGCCCCCUGUGGUGGAACGACUGCAAUAGUCAAAGUAUGCUUGCAUUUGAAACUUGUCCCAACGCCUUUUUAUUUUGAAGACGUACAACUCAUAAUCCCUCUCACGACAAACUACACCUCUGAACCAGUCGGAGUUACUUACUCAGAAUGGAAAGCCAAGGAUUGUGAGUGCAAAAAGUGUUACGAAGGAGGUGGACCAUUUGUAAAAGAAAGUGUUUGUGAGAGUAAGGAAUACAGCUGUAAGGGAUACAAAAACAAGUCACAAGAGUCGAAGGAUCGUGUAAAGUAUUGCCCUUCAGCUUCAAGUCUGGUGGUCGGCGCGGUUUCCAACCUUAUUCUGGCCAUGUGGAUCUCUCUUUUUUUCAA